AUGGCUCCCGCCCCUCCUCAAGCUGGCACAGAACCACCUGAAGACCCAAGGGAGGAGUCCAUCGCACCACAGGCCGAACCCAUGGAGGACCUGGAGCUGGUUACCCUCCAUGACGAUAUCCCGGAUCGACAAGUCCGGAUCGGCACCUCCAUCUCGCCAGAGCUUCGCUCCGACCUGGUCGCCCUCCUCCGCCUCAACUCCGAAGUCUUCGCAUGGUCCUACAAUGACAUGCCUGGCAUAUCACCAGACAUCAUAUCUCAUGGGCUUAGCGUCAAUCCUGCCGUCAGACCAGUCCGACAGAAGCGUCGCGCUUAUAAAGGGGAUCACGCUUCGGCUGUUAGCUCUGUGCUCAUCCGAUCAAGAAAUAACGCGGAACACCCAGUGCAUUAUGUCAGUAAAGCAUUGCAAGAUGCCGAAGUUCGGUACCCGGACAUCGAAAAAUUGGCGUUCGCCCUGGUCGUCUCGGCAAGACGCCUCCGACCAUAUUUCCAGGCUCACACCAUCCAUGUCUUAACCAACCAACCGCUCCGACAGGUGUUGCAGAACCCAGAAACUUCCGGGAGGCUGGUCAAAUGGGCCAUUGAACUGGGCGAGUUUGAUAUUCAUUACAAACCCCGCCCGGCUAUGAGGGGCCAGGCCGUUGCUGACUUCCUAUCCGAAUUCACGGAGCCUCAAGCUUCGGCAGCUUUCCAGCCCAUAACCGAACCCAAUCCCCCUCUCAGCCAGAACCAAACCCCCACCGAAGGCAAUCUCGACCUAACCCAGCCCCUAUGGACCUUAUUCGUAGACGGCUCUUCUAAUGCCCAGGGCUGUGGGGCCGGCCUCGUUCUCAUCUCCCCAGACAAGGUUGCCCUCGAGUACGCUCUUCGCUUCAAAUUCCAAGCCUCCAACAAUGAGGCCGAAUAUGAAGCACUCUUAGCUGGUCUUCGAUUAGCCAAAGAGAUGGACGCCAGGCAAAUUCAGAUAUUCAGCGAUUCACAACUCGUGGUCCACCAGGUCAACCAGGACUUCACGGCUAAGGAUGCCUCUAUGACGGCCUACCUCCAGCACGCUCGGCACUUGCUGGCGACCUUCCACGCCCACUCUAUCAAGCAAGUGCCACGCUCCGAGAAUAGCCAUGCCGAUGCACUAGCCAGGUUGGCAUCAGCCUUGGAGCAAGGAAUGGGUCGCCACAUCCACAUCGAGUUUUUGGCCCAGCCCAGCACACAAGCCCCACUCAUCUGCACUAUUGAUCACAGCCCUACAUGGAUUGACCCCAUCCUCCAGUUCUUACAGAACCAAACACUACCGGCUAAUCCGGCAGAAGCACGACGCGUUCGCCAUCGCUCUGCCCGUUACCUGAUCAUUAACGGCUCCUUAUACAAGCGGGGUUUCAGCCUUCCUUACCUCCGAUGUCUGACUCCAGAGGAGGGUCACUAUGUCCUCCGAGAAAUCCAUGAAGGCAUAUGCGGUAACCACUCGGGCGCACGCUCGCUGGCCCAUAAGGCAAUCCGCCAAGGAUACUUCUGGCCAUCGCUCCACAUUGACGCCCAAGAAUUCACCCAGAAAUGCGACAAGUGUCAGCGAUUUGCCAACAUUCCACAACUCCCGGCUGAACCGUUGACUGCCAUCGUCAGCCCUUGGCCAUUUGCCCAAUGGGGACUGGAUCUCAUUGGACCUAUGCCAGAGGGCAAGGGCCAAGUCAAGUAUGCAGUUGUGGCCAUAGACUACUUCACCAAGUGGGCUGAGGCCGAGGCCUUGGCCACCAUCACUGCGGCUCGCAUCGAAUCCUUUGUAUGGCAAAACAUCGUAUGUCGCUUCGGCAUCCCCAACUCCAUCGUCACCAACAAUGGCCGGCAAUUUGACAACGCCAAAUUCAAGCAAUUUUGUUCCAACCUCAAGAUUUGUCUGUGUUUCGCCUCCCCAGCCCAUCCUCAGUCCAAUGGCCAGGUCGAAGCCGUGAACAAAAUUAUCAAGAAGACCCUCAAGACAAAACUUGACAAAGCCAAGGGCUGCUGGCCAGAACUGCUCCCAGAAGUACUCUGGUCCUACCGCACUACCUUCCGCACAUCCACGGGUGAAGCGCCGUUCUCCCUAUCAUUUGGAACCGAGGCCGUGGCUCCGGUAGAGAUUGGCCAGCCCACAUACCGAACCUCCAUCUUACGAUGCAACGGCCAAUGA